AUGACGUUCUCCCUGUGGCCAGUACUAUUGCACUGUUCAGCUGCAGGCGUCAUGGUCUGGGCCUUCAAUUGGUUAAAUCAAUCAUUCCCAUUGGGUGCUCUCGCAUCAAAGCAAUAUGGUUGGCACUAUCCUGCCCUGACCGUCCUGGGGCUUCAUAUCGCAUUUCUGGCCAUGAUCGUAGGGCUACUUGUGGACUUCGCGCCUUCAUUCAAAGGACGCGUCAGCUUGAGUACUAAUCCGGCAACUGUUUCUCAAGCCUUGAGGACACUCAAGCGUGCGUUAAUCAUGGUUGCCAUGCCGGUUGAAGCCGUGAUAGCUUCGAUCUACUGGACAUUGAUCACGUUUUUCCCAAGUCUCAUAAAGAUCAGUGCUACUGUAGAUGGCACGCCCGUACCGUUUCUCCCGUUAUCCAUCGAUCUUUCCUUGCAUGCGAUUCCAGGCAUCGCUCUCGUUGCCGAUUUUCUUUUGCUGGAGAAGAAAUAUUCUCAACGUACCGUCGCGCGAUACUCAAUUCCUACUAUGGUAGCGUGUACUGUGUCAUAUGGCGCUUGGGUAGAAUGGUGUGCUCAUAUUAAUGGCUAUUUCACUUACCCUUUCCUCACAAACAACCCUUUUCCGAUACGGCUGUGUAUAUAUGCUGGCGGUGCUACUGUCGGAUAUUUAUCCUUCAGAAUACUUAAUGCCAUCCAUUCUUAG